AUGCAGAAUGCCAGUUCCCAGCUCUCUCUCAUCGAGAAUUGGCUGGUGGUGGUGGCCCAUUUCACCAUUAUCCGCAACGAUUACCAACUGAUCUCCGUCCUCAUCACCAUCUUCAACGUCCAUUCCCUGCAUCUUUUCCAUCCCCAAUGGCCCGUGGUGGCUAUCAUUCAAAACUAUCUGCAGAUCAUCUUCACUGUCAUCACUUUCCCACUCGUCUGCAAAAUUGGGACCCAGCCCCGGAAUCUUCUGGUCAGGGCCCGUUUUUCCACCUGGACCUUGGGCCGCACUCGUGUUUUCCCUGAACUUCUUUUGUUUGUCCAUAACGUUGACGUCUUUCUCGACCAUUCUCUCUCCUCCACCACGAUGUCCAGAUCAUCUUCGUCCUCCAAAAAAUUGAAUCCCCCUGAAGAACCCGUUUCCCGUAUUUCCACCGUGGUGGCUUCCAACCUCACGCCACCAUCGCCAGGAAGCUUAGAAGCCCUCGAAUUGGAACCGAUAUUCAAAUUGAAUCCUCCAUGUUCGGACAGGCGAUCCGGUUUGGGUAGGGCACGGAUCCUUCAAAUCGGCAGCUCCAUGGAGAGUCUCCUCAUCAUCGCUGUUGAUAGGCGGAUCGAUCGAGCGGCUCUGGGGGGACGUCUCGUCGACGGUUCGGUCGGCGUGAGUCGGAUGCGUCGCCGUCAGAGGCCGAAGGACGUCUGUAUAAAGAUCUCCGAAGUCAUCGUCGUCCUCCAUAUGCGUGUGGGCAUGCCCGACAAGUCCCCUGCAACGACAAUCGCUCGACCCAGCGCCACCAACUCCUCUGCGCCGACAAUCUUCGCCGCUCAUGAGUCGAGCCCAGGGCCGCAGCACAACCCUUAA